AUGACAUUCUUGUCCAUCCCGGACAUUAAUGUAGCUUGGGCACGCAUAGCCUCGGAGCAAUUACUCCUUGACAAAGAGCGGGCCUCACUUACACAUAGGGCCCGCUAUCUGGAGGAGGUGAAGAAAGAGCUGUAUGGGGAGAAGGAGGUGGAGGAGUUGAAGAAGGAGGAGAAAGAAGAAGAAGACGAAGGGGAGGAUCCGUGGAGAAACCAUCCAGAGCCUGUGAAAACACACGCUGGGCAAGACGAGAGCCCGAUUUGGACACCUCGACGGGGGUGGAGAAACCAUCCAGAGCUUGUAGAAACACAGGCUGGGCAAGAGGAGGACCUAACACCUCGACGGCAGCAAGGGGAAAAGAUUGCUUAUCACUACAAAAUGCCAGGCUGGACUUACCACCAUCCCUCACCAGCUUGGUACUCUCACCAUUAUCCUCAGACGGGCUGGACCUACUACGAUCCCAUGCCGUCUUGGUCUUACUACGAUCUUCAUGCGGAUAAGAUCUCUUUCUACUAUCCCUCCCCCCAUUUGUCUGUCCACAAUCCCUCGCAGACUUGGUACUAUUACGAUACUACGAUGGGCUGGACCUACUGCGAUCACGCGCAAGCUUGGGAAUUUCUGCAUCCUGCGCCGUAUGCGCCUCACGUCUGCCCGGAGAACUCGCCAGAUUGGACUCUUUACCGUGUCUUCCAGUGUCUGACUUUUGUUGUUUAG